GAACCACCAUAGUGAGACAGAGUGUAGAGAGCUGGAGUGUCAAGACUUUUGGUGGUUCAGAGAGGGCAAUGGAGGUGCGACCUCCGGCGCCACGGAGCUUCCUCUACGGGGCGCUGGGUCCUUUCCCCCGGGUCUUUGCUGCGGAAUCUGUGGCUGCCGAAUCGGAGGUCCUUACGGAGGACCAGAAUCUGCUUCCCUGCGUCUCGGAACCCCGUUACCUGGAGUCUGGAUGGGACCGCCUCCGGGAGCUGUUUGUCAAAGAUGAACAGCAGAGAACGUCAAAAGAACUUGAGAAUAUUUAUAGGGCAGCAGUUUCAGCAGGUAUCGUUGGAUGGGCAUAUGGGGGAAUACCAGCUUUUAUUCAUGCCAAACAGCGCUACAUUGAGCAGAACCAAGCAGAAAUUUAUCAUAACCGGCUUGAUGCUGUGCAAUCUGCACAUCGUGCUGCCACACGAGGCUUCAUCCGGUAUGGCUGGCGCUGGAGUUGGAGAACAACAGUGUUUGUGACUAUAUUCAACAUAGUGAACACUGGUUUAAAUGUGUACCGAGAUAAAAAUGCACUAAGCCAUUUUGUCAUUGCAGGAGCUGUCACGGGAAGUCUUUUUAGAAUAAAUUUAGGCCUCCAUGGCCUGGUAGCUGGUGGCAUAAUUGGAGCCUUGCUAGGCACUCCUAUAGGAAGCCUGUUGAUGGCACUUCAGAAGUACUAUGGUGAGACAGUUCAGGAAAAAAACCAGAAGGAUCGAAAAACACUCCAUGAGCUGAAACUGGAAGAGUGGAAAGCCAGACUACAGUUUACUGAGCUCCUCCCUGAAGAGAUUGAAAGUAGCCUACAGAAAAAUCAGUCCAAAGAUGAUGCUGAGAAAAUUGAAGCACUACUAAAUCUUCCUAGAAACCCCUCAUCAACAGAUAAACAAGACAAGAACUGAAACUGUUUGGACUCAAAACUCACUGGAGAGUUGAAGAGAGCUAUGUUGCCACGCCCAUUGAAUGCCAAUGGUUGGGCUACUCCUAGGUUAGCUUAAUGACAGAUAUAAACACGAGCACCUGUAGUGGCAAUACUUACUCUUACCUGUUUUUUAAACCAAAAAUUGGGCCAUUGUAUUCUCACUUCACUCAUCCUUAACUUUAAAUACAUACAUAUAUUUAUAUUGGUCAAUCUAUAUGUUUGACAUAUCUAUAUCUAUUGAUCAAUAUAUAUUUCUUUUUCGUGAAUUUUAUAACAGUAAUUUAAAACUUUCCCAAAAGAUUAAAGUGGAAUUCUACAGCUUAUAUGUGUAUUCUUGUAGCCCUUUAAAGGAUACUCUAGGAAUCUCUAGGGAGAGGAGAGAAAAGAACCAUGUAAGGCAAAUGGUCUGCAAAACCAUGGUGCCCUUGGGUCCUAGUAACAGUAUGGGCCUAAAUAUGUAGUGGUGUUUGGUUUUUAAUAAAAAUAAAAAGUGAUUUCUGUCAUUUGAAAUAAAAGAUAAAUUUAACAAAAA